AUGCAUCCCAAAGACCUCGCUCGUGGUUUAGGUUUGGCACAGACCUCCCUGUGCCUGCACCACUACGUUGACUCAACGGACGGCGGGGUCGAGCACGAGCCCCCCAAUGUUUUUGACAAUGAGAUGACAGACGAGAUGAUUGAAGAACAGGCAAGCACCAUUCGGAUGCUGCACUUUCAGAAGGUGGACACGAAGACUAUUCACAAGGCGCUUCAGUCGGGCAAGCGGAGGCUGGGAGAGAGAGGCAAGCCGAAGGUGAGAACGAUGAGGGUUCGAUUCAACAAGGAACAAGCCGACGAGCUAGGAGGUGCCAACGACGCCCAGCAACUGUUGGAGCGGCUCCAGUUGGAGGGUUGUUGGAUGAGGUUCGAACUUGACAAUGCCGGGCGCAUUACUCGCAUCGCUUGGGCCACGGACGAGCAGAGAAAGAACGUGCUGCGGUACCACUGGAUCAUCAUCCAGGACAACACGUUCAACACGAACGAGUGA